UCGGAAUAAGAAACACAACGCACACACACACUCAAUAUAUCGGGGCGGUGAAAACACGUGGCGAUUUGAGAUGGCUGGUCUGUCCAAUGGUGGUUCUGAAGAUGAUGAUGAUACAAUUGUCGUCGACUUCCGCACAGCUUUCCAAGGAAGUGUGUUCGAGAAAUUCCACGUGUCACCUGUCCAGAUGGCUCGCCUCGACACCAGUUGUUGCUGCAGUGAUGUCAAUCUGUUUUAUGAUUUCAUCAUCCCAUCGGGAUCCGCCCGCAGGAUGAUGGAGAGUGUUGAUGCUUUUGCCCAGAAAUUUGCAGAGCAUUGCAACAAAGUCCCAGGAGGAUCCAGUUCAGACACUGCGGUGCUUGGCAAUCUGGUCAGAAAAUUCGCGAUGGAGUUCUUGAGAGGCAGUAUACGUGGCACAAGAAUGAGCGAGAGUGAAUUCACUGACUAUAUUGUCGGCAGAGAUGAUGGUGACUAUGUAGCCCUUUGCGAGUUUGAGCUAUUUGACCUAAUUAGAGUGGAUGACUCGCCGGACCAUUAUGGAUAUGAAGUUGUAAAGGCCUAUUUUUGUACGCUGUUCCUUCGGUAUUGCUUAUCGAACAGCUAUCCUCAGCUUGAGAAUGAGGAAUGCUUUGCCCGGUGGGGCAGGGACGUAAAGUGCGAGAGGGACGAGACUCUUGCUGGGAAAAUUUACGACUAUUUUGAAAAGGAGAAUAGGCUGAUUAACUACUAUAUGGAUUUCGAGCCGUUUAAUAGUGUCGUCCUUGAAGAAGGUGUUAAGGGUUUUCUUGUUGAUUUUGACCUCGUUGGGCGAGAUGGGCACCAAAGCUACCCGCUGCGGAUGCUGAUGUUUGAUGAUGAACGUUGGUUUGCACACAUCCGGGAGCGAGACACUGGUGCGCUGAUUGCCAAAGUGCGAGCUAAAUUCGAGGAUGAACAGUUAGACUUACGCGAGGAACAUGUUGAAGAGGUCACAGUCGUUGCACAGCAACUGAUUGAUAGAGGAUACCAGCCACAUGGGGAUGUACCCACCACAGUGAGGCUGUGGUGUGACCUUCUUGAUAUCUUGGUUGAUGACGAGUAUGAUGAUGAAGAUCUGGAGAACUCUCCCAGAGUGCUGGGAUCUGUUCAAAGUUCUCCCAGAGUGCUUGGAUCUGUCCAAAGUCUGCUCAACGCUUCUUACAUGGCAGGAAAACUUCGCCAUACCAGCCAGUCCGAGGUGGCGUGGCUGAUUCCGGUAGCUGCUUCCCUUACAAAAAUAUAUCAAGACUACGAUUUUCGGCACCAUUGCAAUGCUCGUGAGUACGGGCUUCGGCUCUCAACCAUCGCAGAUGUCAAGCAACACCAAUGCCGGCAUUUUAUGCGGUUAUUCAGAGGGUCCAUGUGGGACCAAUUGCCAGAAGAGUUGGUCUUGCGGAUCAUCGACUUCCUCCCUCGUCGCCGACUAAUGCGUGUCCCACCUCCUAAAUAUGGGCCUUGGGAAGAAUCAGAGUACCUAUAGGAGGAUGGGUGCCACCUUCUCAAUUUGGGCCUCGGGAAGCUAUAGGAGGAGGGGGGGCACCCCCUCAAUUUGGCCUUUGGAAAAAAAGAAUGGCCAUACCUAUAGGAGGAGGGGUGCCACCAACUCAAUUUGGGCCUUGGAAAGAAUGGGAAUAGCUAUAAGAGUCGCGGGCACCACGUACUCAAUAUGGGCCUUGGAAAGGAUGGGCGUACCUAUAUGAGGAUGGUGCCACCUACCCAAUUUGCGCCUUGGAAAGAAUGGGAAUACUCAAUUUGGGCCUUGGAAAGAAUUGGAGUCCCUAUAGGAGGAGGGGUUCCACCUCCUCAAUUUGGGCCUUGGAAAGAAUAGGAGGAGGGGUGCCACCUCCUCAAUUUGGGCCUUGGAAAGAAUGGGAAUACCUGUAGGAGGAGGGUUGCUUGGAUGAAUAGAUAGGGGUAAUGUUGAAAACGUCAGGCAGCUAAGCUUUAUUCAGCUUCCCAAUAAUUUAUUUAGUCUCAGCAGCAUAGGCACUACCGUCUUCACCCAACCCAAACAGAACGUCCGGCCAUUAUAGCUGCAUUUGGUGCAACUUUCUGUCCAGAUUCGGCAGCAACGACAGGGCGCUCUACGCUCUACUCGGGUGAAGAAGGUAGUGCCCGCGCCUGGCUGAAUGAAAACCAUAAGUGGAA